AUGGCGAUUGCUUCGGCGUUCUUGCUUGCCCUCGUGUUCUUGUCCUUCACUCUGAGGGAGAUGAUCAGGCUGAACAACCGAGUUCAGAACAUGCAGGACGAGCUCUAUGUGACCUUGCAGCAGAUUGGCCAGCAACGGCAGCUUCCGCAAGAAGUGCUGAUCGGUAUAAGGGAGGUGCUGGAGUCUGGCAACUCUGCGGAUUUUCUAAAGACACUCCGUGACGAGAAUAGAGCCGAGCAACGGGACAAACCAUCAACCGAGUCUCUCGACGACCUGGGGAUCACCAACGAGAGCUGCGGAUCUCAAGAUGCCGACAGCCUGGAAUGCGACGGGGAGCCAGCAUGGAAAAUUUGGAAGUGGCUGGCGGGAUGCACGCUCUUUUUGUUCUUGACCCUCGGUGGCAUUUUCUGGCACUAUCCUGACCACGUCCUUGGACUGAUCCCUCAGCCGUUACGAAAAUCUUCCCUUUGCUUCUCUGGUUCACAUCCUCCGUCAAAGGUGCUUGCCUACCGUGUGGACUGCUGGCUGUCAACGCAAAAGUACAGCAAGGCCUUGUCUCUACUCUUUUUGACAUUGGUGUUGGCCGUGCUUGGGGGCCUUGCCAUCUUUGUGGUCAGUGGCGCCAACCUUUACAACGCCUUGUGGGACGCAGUGGCAGGGCUGGGUUACGAUUGGACAUUUGCCUCCAAUAGCGAGGGCAUACUGACGCGUAUUGUUGCAACCAUAAUCAGCGUCGGAGGUCUGCUGGUGACUGCAGUGAUGCUGAGCAUAGUUUCAGAGGCUAUCGGAGACAAAUUUGAAGAAAUGAGGCGAGGGCUGUGCGAAGUGCUUGAGACUGACCAUACGCUGAUCCUGGGAUGGAGCGACAAGCUUCUUCCAGUUGUCAGUGAACUUUGUCUUGCCAACGAAAGCAUCGGUGGAGCACCGAUAGUCAUCAUGGCAGAGAGGGACAAGGAGGAAAUGGAGGCAGAGAUUUCACAACACGGCCUGAAUGCCAGGGGUUCCAGGGUCAUUUGUCGGUCGGGCAAUCCCCUGCUGAAGAAUGAUCUCAUCAAGGUUAGUUGCCAUCUGGCACGAUCAAUUAUUGUCCUGGCCAAUCAACAGUCGCCAGACCAAAGCGAUGCACGAGUGCUAAGAAUUGUCCUCAGUCUUGCUGCUUUCCGAGAUGAUCCAAGAGCAAAAGGAGGCCUCAAGGGGCAUAUUGUGGUAGAAAUGUGUGACAUUGACAAUGAACCUCUCUUGAAGAUGAUUGGCAAGGACAAGGUGGAGACUGUUGUGGCACAUGACAUUAUUGGGCGGAUGAUGAUCCUUUGCGGACUGCAGCCAGGAUUGGCAUCUGUAUGGCAGUCAUUGAUGGGAUUUGAAGGCUGUGAGUUCUACAUGCGGGAAUGGCAAGAGCUUCAUGGGAAGUGUUUUGGGGAGGCCUUGUACAGGUUUGCAGCUGCUGUCCCCAUAGGAAUAAAGAAGCCAUCGGGCAGUGUGCUCUUGAAGCCAAAUGAUGAAACCAUCAUUAUGCCAGGUGACCAGCUUCUGGUACUUGCUGAAGAUGAAAACACAUAUGACAUCGGCAAGGAGGUACAGUUCAAGCCAACGGCUGUCCCUGCUACUCCUCCUCUCUCGAAGCCUGAGAAGAUACUGUUUUGUGGAUGGCGGCGAGACAUGGAUGACAUGAUAGUAGUGCUGGAUUCUUUAGUGCCUCCAGACAGUCAACUCUGGUUGUAUAACGAGGUCAAGAUUACAGAGAGGAAAGAAAUGCUGUUCAUGGGGGGCCUUGAUCUUGAAGCCGGAGCUUUAAAGAACCUUACAUUACAUUACAUGGACCCAUCGCUGGAAGGAGACCUUGUUUCAAGGAAGAAAUUGUCUUCUCUUGACCCUGGUUCCUUUUCUUCUAUAUUGAUACUGGCAGAUGAGUCUGCCAAUGGGGCAAACAUAGCAGAUGCAGAUUCCAGGAAUUUGACAACUUUGCUCCUGCUCAGGGAUAUCAUGAUGAAGACAAAUGGAUGUAAGCCAGCGCCCAAACACUCCAGGUGGCCCAGCCUUGAGAUGAUCCAGACAGUCAGCAGGCAGGCAGGCACAGUGAUUAUAAGCGAAAUCCUGGACUCCAGGACGAAGAACCUCAUCCAGGAGCUGAGCAUCAGUGAAUUUGUGAUGAGCAAUGAACUCGUGAGCAUGGUCCUUGCGAUGGUUGCAGAGAGUGCAGCAGUCAACAAGAUACUCAAGGAGCUGUGUGGAGGCGAUGGCAAUGAGCUCUAUGUGUAUUCGAUAGAGAAAUACAUGCACAAAGGAGAGAAACUCAGCUUCUUCGAGUUGAUGGCCAGGGCAAGGGGCUGUGACGAGAUUUUGAUUGGUCUGAAGUACAGAGAUGCAAGAGGCCUCGUCCUUAACCCUCCUGAGAAGUCCAAGAAGGCAGUUUCGCCAAAGUCAGUGGAGUCGGCCGUUGUCAUAGGAAUGCUGAGGCAAGGAACAAAUACCUCCCAGCCUUCACAUCAAGCUCGGAUGGAUUUCGAUCAAGUUUAA